GUACUCCUCACGCCAUUGGCUGGACGCCUCGUCAGUAUUUACGCGUUUUCAAAGUGUCUGUGUCUGACUGUGACACGGGAACGUCCUUCCCUGCUGUCUUGGAUGCUCACGGGUGAUAAAAGGGAAACACUGGGCCAGUGUGGAGCACAAGCUCAGGAGUGCAUGUUGCCGGAGAGUUCAUCAGGAAGCCCUGAGCCGGCUGAUCUCAGAGCAGGGACAAACUAUUUUACAAGGUGAAUGUAAGGGAGCUUGGAGGUCUGUGCGCUGACAGCCGUUCAGUUUCUGAGAUGUCAAUCAAACGAGCAGACGGGAUGUCCAUCGCCCAGGCUUUGGCCAUGACCGUAGCAGAGAUACCAGUGUUUCUCUAUUCCACUUUUGGGCAGUCCAUUUUCUCUCAGCUGAAGCUCACACCAAGCUUGAAGAAGGUGUUAUUUGCUACAGCACUGGGCAGUGUUGCUCUGGCUCUCACAGCUCAUCAGCUGAAAAGACGGGGGAGAAAACGCAAGCAGGCUGCACAAGGAAAGGAGGGUCAGAAGCCAGUGGGAAUACCUGAGGCGCUGAUGAAGACAGGGAGACCCUCUUCCUUAAAGAGAGGUCCAUUUAGUGGCAGACAGAUGAUGAGUCCCAGCACAAGGAGCAAUGACACAAUGAGUGGAAUUUCUUCCCUGGCUCCCAGUAAACACUCAAGUUCCUCACACAGCCUUGCAUCUAUGCGGGUCCCAUGUUCCCCUAAUCAGUCUGCUAAUCCAUCUACCCCAUGGGAGGCAGAGCCUGUGGUGGAGGAGUCAGGGGCAGUAGAGGAUGCUAAUGCAGAGAAUCUGUAUUUAAUGGGAAUGGAGCUGUUUGAGGAAGCUCUGCAGAAGUGGGAGCAGGCUUUGAACAUUCGGCAUCACACACACUCGACCUCCAGCAACAACAGCUUAGCUCUGCAGGGGGCGGCAUGUGGAGACUUUCCCAUGGCUGAACCCCGUAAUAAAGUAUUUGCUGACAAGUUGGAGACGCUGCUGCACAGGGCGUACCACCUACAAGAGGAUUUUGGCAGUAGUAUCCCAACAGAUAGUGUGAUGGCAGACUUUGAAAGUGAAGGAACUCUUAUCUUGCCUCAAGUAGAGAGUUUCCACAGGUUGCAAGAUGACGAUGCAACCACCGUUACCUCUGAUGACUCGUUCUUUUCUGCUGCAGAGCUGUUUGAUGCCAUGUCUUUCAAGGAGGCCUUUCAUCCGCUUAAGCCGGCUGCUCUGUAUGAAGACGCUUUGUCUCUAGUACGUGAGGGCAAAGUUUCCUAUAGGACCCUCAGGACUGAAUUACUUGAAUGUUACGGUGAUCAGGAUUUCCUUGCCAAACUUCACUGUGUGAGACAAGCAUUCCAGUUCCUUUUGUUGGAUGAAACUCAUCGCACAUUUUUCAUGGAGACAGGGAAGCAGAUGAUUGCAGGGUUAAUGGUAAAGGCAAAUAAGAGUCCCAAAGCUUUUCUAGAGAGCUAUGAGGACAUGCUGCUUUACACUCAGAGAGAGGAAACGUGGCCCAUCACCAAGAUGGAACUGGACGGCCGAGGGGUGGUGUGUAUGAACUUUUUCGAUAUCGUGCUGGACUUCAUUCUCAUGGACGCAUUCGAAGACCUAGAGAGCCCCCCUUCCUCUGUGGUGGCUGUGUUGAGGAACCGUUGGCUCUCUGACAGCUUUAAAGAGACGGCUCUGGCGACAGCUUGCUGGUCUGUCCUAAAAGCCAAAAGACGUCUUCUUAUGGUUCCUGAUGGUUUCAUCUCCCACUUUUAUGCCAUAUCAGAACAUGUGAGCCCUGUUCUAGCUUUUGGGUUUUUGGGACCCAGACAACACUUGAGUGAAGUGUGCACUAUCUUCAAGCAACAAAUCGUCCAGUACCUUAAAGACAUGUUUGACCACGACAAGGUGCGCUUCACGUCUGCACAUUGCCUGGCUGAGGACAUCCUGAACCUUUCCCACCGGCGUAGUGAGAUUUUACUAGGGUAUCUGGGAAUCACUAGCCUUCUGGAGCUCAAUGGUGCCAUGCCCAGAGAAACGGAGGCUUCUCCAGGGCCAAGACAAGACAACUGAGCACACCAUGAACAUCGCAGGACUCUUGUAGGAUGUAUGCAAAGUGAUGACCAGCUGGAGACAGCAAAGACUAGAUUGAAUUAUGCUCCUGUGAUAAACACCAAGAACCGGCAUUAACCAUUUACUCAUCUGUGGUCAUCAAGCACAACUACUGUGUGAGGAUAUAUUUUCCCGAGAUCUGCACUUGACGCGAUUCUAACGAGGGAGACUAGUUGGAUCAUGUGACGUCAUCUCUUCUUUGUUAGAAGCUGCUGUGUUGUGUUUGGGGAAUGCCUUCUGUAGCCAGGUAGUCGCAGACAUGUGAAGACUUGUCUCUGCUUUGUUGACACACAUGAACAAAGCCGUCCCAACAUAUAAUGACUGGUCCCUGCACUGUUCUACGAUAAAUGAGUCUCAACAGAGUCUUUGCAUUAUUAGCUUCGGUUUAUAACUUCCAGACCUACGUGGGAUCAUAUUCUUCAUUGUUAGGUGGAAGCAAAUGGUGUGAGAGAGCAUUUUUAUUUUUUAUAUUACGGAAGAUGGAUAUCCGUUGUGCUAAAGGGAACGAUGGAUUUGUCUCCGACUAAAGUCUGACAGUAUUUAUUCCAGUUUGGUUUUAAUAAAGACUAUCAUAUCAGGAGGAGUAUAUAAUGUAAAACUAGCAUAGGCUGAACAAUCUCAUCAUAUACAGUAGAAGUUAAAGAAUGACCGAAGCAACAGUUUUAUUAUUUUUUCAUUUUUUUUAAGUGGACAUAGCAGCGAUCUAAUAAAACGUUUUCUGAGAGUAACGGUGAUCUCACAGAUUUUACCAGACUUGAAUGACUUGAAAGAUUAUAACGUAAGACAAUGUCCAUUUUCCAUCACAGACGCCCAAUGCCACUUUAGAGCUUUUAUUGGUUGAAUCACUUGAACUAUUUCCUAAUAUUUAUCUAAAUUUAAGAAUUUUCUUGGUUCACUGUAAACAAAGUAAGACUGAACCAAAAUGUGAAGUUAUUACAUUUAUAUUUAACAUUUAAACCAUUACUUGAGUGUAUUUCUUCUAAAUUUUUAAGGCUGCUGCCGGUAAAAGGGAAAAUUCGUCUUGGUCUUUCUCACGCAGGACAUUCUGACAUAUUAGAAAAAGCACACAUGUGCAUUAACAGCAAUAUUGGCUACUAUCUUUUUUCUAUUUAUACUAUUAUGUAAUUCCACUUGACUCUACUUUGAAAACCUUUAACACCAUAAUAUUCAUUUAAGCUAUACUAAUUAGUUUACAGGAGAAAUAUUUUUGUUUCCUCCUUAAACUGUUUUAUUCCAGCUGAGUCAUUCCAAAAUCAUGUACAGUCUUUAUAUACUACACCCUGAGGACUUUAAGUUUACCAGAGAAUUGUUUACAUUGUUUCACUGGUACAUUCAAAUUAAAUGAAGUAGUUCUUCCACUAUUGAAUAACAAUGACAGUUAGCCAUUAUGUAAAACACCUGCUCCCUGAAACUAAACAUGUGAAAUUAAUAUUUACACCCGUGCUUUCCUUAAUAUGUUAGAAUGUCCAAGUCUCUUAAUGAUUGAAACACAUCUUAAUAUUUUCUAUUAUUUUUAUUUCUAACUUUGUAGUUUUUCUGGAACAGUUUCAAAUAAUCACAAUCUUUAAAUAAAAUGGUGCCAUUUCUUUCAUUAAUAGUCUUAGAUUUUAUGUUUUCAUGAUUUGUAGUGAUUUUUAGUAAACAACUAGACAUUGUACACUCUGACUAGCAAGUGCACUGAUGAUAAUGAUGAACCCCAGAGUUUUCUUGUUGGAGCACAGACACUCAAGGUUACCUCUUCUCUAGGAAAAGCAAGUUGUAUUUUGCAGAUUAUUUCAAAAAAUAUCAAAAGCUGAUUUAGGUUAAUGACAUAUAAUGGAAAUUAUGUUUACUAUGAAUGGCAGUAGAUGCAUACAAUGUAUGGAUAUGGUUGCCUUGUCAAAUUUAAGGUUGAUCUUUUUGUGAUUGUUUGUUCUUGGUCAAUAUUCGUUAUAACUGUCUGUGGUCUUAAUAAUCAGACUCACUCAUUGUUGCAACACAUCUCUGAAAUUCAGAGCUCAGAUUCUAUUUUCUGGUUCUUACUUGUUGCAGAUCUGUUUUAUUGUAUUAUUUUCCAAUAGUCUUGGUUUUGUUAGGAGUCAGUGGUUUGUUACUGUUGCUUUAAAACAUGAGCCAGAACGUCUACCUGUAAAUAGAGCUUUAACAAAAGAUGAGGUCAUUCCUUGUUUUGACACAUGCAACUCUGUGUUUAAAGCAUUUUGCACUUUAUCAGAAAAGCUGAAAAAAUUAAGGAAUGUCCCAAAAUAGCUUUCCCUUUUGAUAGUGCAAAUAUAGAAGCUAGUGAAUUAUUUAUUGCUUCAACGAACUGACAUUAUUGAUGAUAUAUAGCAUAUAUGCUUGAUAUUAGAGAAACUAUAUUUUCAUGAAAAAAUAUUAUCACAGUGGUUUAUUCUAAACUUCAGAAAUUGUGUUCCAGCCUCCAUCCAUAUUUUUUAACUCUUCCUUGCAUGUAGUUCAGUCCCCAGUGGACUGUUUAAAAUCGUUUCCUAUCAUUUUGAUUGUUUUGGUAUUUCGGUAAUGGAGGUGAUUGCAUUCAUCAGACACCGCUGUGCAGCCCUCACAGCUGGGUCUUGUCGAGCAGAACAAGCUUUGCAUGCUACCAGUGUAGAUGUAAAAGUCCCAAAUAGAAAGUAAGGAAAAUGUGUAGAACCAUAAAGUCGUCCACAAUUUAAAUUUAGCAAUCGAUACAUUAGUGUUGGUUUAGUAAAGGUUUAAAAUGGCCAAAUUAUGGUAAUAAUGGUUGUUUUGGUUUUUGAAUACCUCUGUAUUUGUGUGUCCUCUUAUGCCUUUUGUCUUUUUUUCUACUGUUGAAUGAUGAUGCCAGUACAAAACUGUAACUUGAGUUUGAAUCUCCGCAUUAAAAGUUAUUUUUUUUAGUUUAGUUUUUAAUUUGUUUCCACGUUUUAUUAUGUACUGAAUGGAUCUGGAAUGUUUACAUUUGGAUAUUGAGACUUUUGUGGUUUCCUUGGUGCUACCUGGUUGUGCUGUGCACAGGAAAAAGUGAGAAAGCCCUUUUGUGGUUUAGUAAUGAGCCAGUGGAGGGUGCUGAUAUGAUAGAAACCGUGUGAUAUCUAUAUUAAACAUUUUUGUGUAGUUUCUGUAAGUCACAUUUUACAAAGCCCAACCAGAGAACACAGUUAGCAUCACUGAAUAUUCCUGUACAUGUAAGCUUGAUGACAUUUCACUCUUUUCUGUCAUGCAUUUGAUUUAGACAGUAAAAGUUGAUUUAAACAUCCA